AUGAGACUACUAGGAACAUGGGGUACAGAAUUUGAGAUAUUGGCAGCAUGUGAUUUGUUACAAACAGAUAUAUAUAUAUUUACUAAUAAUAAAUGGGUGAAAUAUCCUGUAUUACAGAUUAACAAUAGUUAUACACCAGAAGCUAUUUAUCUUCACCAUAGAGAUGAGAAUCAUUAUGAAGUGGUUGAUAAUGUUGAGAGAAGUGAACCUACUAUAGUUAUUGAUGAUAAUGUAGAUACACAAUUAUCAGGUAAAAGAAAACAUUUGAAAAAGAAACGAGGUAAUAGAUGGAGAUCUAUUAAAAAGCGAACUAAUUAUUUUCAAAACUAUAAUUUAGUAAAGAAGGAACUAAAUUCUGGACAAAAAGUCGGAUUAAAUUUUAAACUUGCAUUUAGAACCAAAAAAGAAAUUAAUAGUUUGAAUAAAAGGAGGAGAAAACGAUAUCAGAUUAGUUAUAUUAAAGCUCAUUUAAAAAGAAAAUAUACAAAUCAAUUAAGGUCUAUACUACAUACUCAAUAUGAAACAAUACUAAAACCAAAACUUGAAGAUAAAUAUCAGAAUGUAUUGAAACCAAAACUUGAAGACAAAUAUCAAAAUGUGUUAAAACCAAAGCUGAAGGUCAAAUAUCAAAAAAUCUUGAAACCAAAGCUAAAAAACAAAUAUCAAAAAGUCUUAAAACCAAAGCUCAAGGUUAAAUAUGAAAAAGUCUUAAAAUGGGAAUUAAAAUGUAAAUAUAUAGAUGAAAUAAAGUUAAAACUGAAGCAAAGGUAUAUGAAUGAAUUGAGGAUUAAGAUUUUGACUAAAUAUAGAAAUAUGUAUAGAACUAAUUUACAGUAUAGAAAUAAACAAAAACAGAAAUCUAGUAAUAAAUAUCACCACAAUACUAAUUAUAGAGUCAAAGUAAACAAACUGAGAAAUAAAAGACGAAUAGCUAAAAGAAAAGAAAUGAGUAGUAUUGAUAGAGUUAUUAAUAAAUUUAAGAUAGACAGUUCUGAUGAAACCUGGUUAAAAAAUGUAAGGAACCCUGCUAAAGUACGAUUGGAUAAUUUUAUAUUUUAUAAUCAAGCUCGUCAAGAUAGCUACGAUGAGAGUGCUAAUUUUAAAAAUCUUAAAGAAAAAGAUCAUGGUGGUGUAGGAAUAUAUUAUCGUAAGAAUAAAGCUUGUAAUGUAAUAAGAUUAGGCCAGUUAAAUAUAGAACAUGUUGCUUGUAAUAUUCUAGAUAAAAAUAUUUCAGUUAUUGUUAUUUAUAGACCACCAAGAUAUAGAUUAGAAUUGUUCAUGCCUCAAUUGAAACGAUUGUUGACUGAGUUACAAGAGUCUGGUUAUCAUUAUAUUGUUAUGGGAGAUUUCAAUCAAAAUCUAUUAGUAGAACAUAGUUCUAUUAAGGAUUGUUUUGAAGAAUUCAGGUUUAAACAGUGUGUGACAGAGAGUACUACAGAGGGAAAUUCAAUAUUAGAUCAUGUAUAUUUGACUUCAAGUAUUAAUUUAAAACGUGUUAAAAUUACUAUUGUACCUACAUAUUACAGUUAUCAUGAAGCUGUGAACAUUCAGUUAUUAAAUAGUUCAGAUAUGAUUAUUUUUUAUGGAAAGAAGAUGGGUAGGGAAGACCAUUUACCUCUGUUGGGUGGGGGUUGGUAUAGAUGGGGUUUUGGCUGUUAUAUUUGUUUUUGCAGAUUGAUUUUGUUUGAUCAGUUAUUACAGUUAGAUUAAGGGUUUGGUUUAUUGGAAAUACAGAAGAUCUUAGAGCGGUGAAAGUGUGGCGAACUUUUACUUUAACAGAGCCAAAAUAUUCAAAACUAAGCGGUGAAAGUGUGGCGAACUUUUACUUUAACAGAGCCAAAAUACUCUAAACUAAGCGGUGAAAGUGUGGCGAACUUUUACUUUAACAGAGCCAAAAUACUCUAAACUAAGCGGUGAAAGUGUGGCGAACUUUUACUUUAACAGAGCCAAAAUACUCUAAGCGGUGAAAGUGUGGCGAACUUUUACUUUAACAGAGCCAAAAUACUCUAAACUAAGCGGUGAAAGUGUGGCGAACUUUUACUUUAACAGAGCCAAAAUACUCAAAACUAAGCGGUGAAAGUGUGGCGAACUUUUACUUUAACAGAGCCAAAGAAUCUAGAGAAAUCUAGUUGCUAUUCAUAUCUCAAUUUUUAUUACUAGAGAAAUCUAGUUGCUAUUCAUAUCUCAAUUUUUAUUACUAGAGAAAUCUAGUUGCUAUUCAUAUCUCAAUUUUUAUUAUCUAGAGAAAUCUAGUUCCUAUUCAAAACUCAAUUUUUAUUACUAGAGAAAUCUAGUUGCUAUUCAUAUCUCAAUUUUUAUUACUAGAGAAAUCUAGUUGCUAUUCAAAAC